AUGGUGCCCCGGCUCCCCAACCCCCGCGCCCCCCAACCCCCCCCCUCGCAGAUAUGCGGGCUGUUCGGCCUCUCCUACCUGUGCUCGAUGCUGUUCAACAUCAACAACAAGCGGGCCCUGAUGCUGGUGCCGUUGCCUUGGACCUUCGCGGCGCUGAACCUGUCGAUUGGGUCCGUGAUCGCGCUGCUCUCGUGGUCGAUCAAGGUCGCUCCCUGGCCCCGGAUCACCCGGCAGGACUUGGCCGUGCUUGUCCCCAUGGGCUUCCUGCAUGCCGUAUCCCACCUUACCGUAGUCCUCGGCCUCGGCGCCGGAGCGGUGUCGUUCCUGCAGACCGUCAAGGCUGCGGAGGCGUGCUUCACGGCGCUCCUGUCGUACCUCUUUCUGGGACAGACGAUGCCCUUGCCCGUGUACCUAACGCUGCUGCCCGUGGUCGCUGGCGUCGCGCUCACUUGCUGCGGCCAAGGGCUGAGGUUCAGCUGGGUGGGUCUUCUGUCGGCCCUCGUAUCCCACCUCCCAAACGCCAUGGGGAACGUGCUGAUUGUCAAGAACAUCGGCCCCGCCGCCGCCGCCGCCGGCCGCCGCCGCAGCAGCCUCAAGACGGAAGCCUCGCCGCCCCGAUCCUCAAGCGCCUCCUUCCUCCGGCCUACCGCCGCCAACACCGCCGCGGACCCCUCCUUCUUGAGCAACCCUGUGGCCAGGAGCGCGUCGGCCCUCGCCAACACGCGCGCCGGGGGGGAAGCGACCACCAGGAGAAGGCGGGAGAGCGGGCUCGCGAGCCUCGCGCGCGGGGACACCUACCGCCUCCUCACGGUCGUCGGGGCGGCGCUGAUCAUCCCCGCCGCCGCGUACAUGGAGCGCGACUCCUGGCCGAGGCUGUGGCGAGCGGCGAUGGACGCGACCGCCGCCCUCGUUGGGCGGACAACCUCCGCCGACGGCUCGCCUCCUCUCCUGGGGGAAGCUCUGCUGAGCGCGGCGGGGUCCGGUGGGGACUCGGCGGCGGCCGCGGGGGGGAGGGUUUCCGCGGUUGCGGAGGCGGCGGUGGAGGCGGCGGCGAGGGGGCAGUGGGCGGAGGCGUUCCGGCGGGCGGUGCUUGCCGGGGUCUCGUUCAACCUGUUCUACGACCUGACGUUCAGGCUGCUGGGGCAGCUGCACCCGGUGACACACGCCGUGGGGAACACCAUCAAGAGGAUCGUGGUCAUCGCCGCCGGAGCCUUCGCCUUCGGGGGGGAUCUGGGCGGCGCUCGCGGCGUCUUGGGGUCGGCGCUCGCGGUCAUCGGGGUCUUGGGGUACAGCCUGUCGAAGGCGCGGUGUAAGACGACGACGGGUAGCGGCUGCACCGGUUGA